AAACCCCAAUUGGUGGCGCAGACGUACUACACUGGAGCGAUGCCUUGUCCUCAUAAGUAUUAUUGCGUUGAUCGCAGUGAUUGGUCUAGUCAUUGGACUAGUUUCUGUAAUACUCUCAAAUCGUUUGGCCGAAGAGCUCAAAACACCCACAAACCCACCACCAGAGGCGCUGCAAGGCUCCAGUAAACCGACAGACAAUGAAGUCAUUAUCACACCACAAAAGUCACCCAAGGAUGAUGUCUGUCUCUCAGUCGAGUGCAUACACACCGCUUCGGCGGUAUUAAGUAAAAUGAAACCGGAGAUCGAACCCUGUGAUGACUUCUAUGAAUUCGUGUGCGGCACUUACAUUGAAGAGCAGCUGAUACCCGACGACAAAGAUUCAUUGAAUACAUUCUCGUUGAUUUCGGAUAAAUUGCAUGAACAACUAAAGGAAAUCGUCACCGAAGAACGACCGAAGAGUGAGCCCAAUCACUUUCAGCUGCCGAAUGCGCUUUAUAAGGCGUGUAUGAAUAAAUCUCUGAUUGAACAACUGGGUGCGGCGCCUAUUGCUAAUAUUGCCAAGUCUCUGGGUGGCUGGCCAGUGAUUGAGGGCGAUUCGUGGAAUGCGGAUAACAGUUGGAGCUGGCAGGAGACUGUGAAGAAGUUCCGUAAAUUGGGCUUUAGCAUGGACUAUAUUAUUGAUUUUUCGAUCAGCGUGGAUUUGAAGAACAGCACAACGCGUAUAAUUGAUGUUGAUCAAUCGGCUAUUGGCUUGAGCCGCGAAUAUCUG